UCGUUUACUGUCAUUAAUGCCAAAUAUCAAAUUUGUCGUACAAUUAUCGUCCUUCAGAAAAUUAGAAGAAACGAGAAGCUAUUAAAACUUACCGUUAUCCUUAUUAAACUCUAAUAUAAGGUUGCUUCUUGCUAGAAUUUUUUUAUGCUGAAUCAAAAAACCCUAUAAGGCAAUGGCUAGGAAACAUGUCAAGGAAAUCAUUGAAAAUCAUCCAAAAGUGUAUUUUUUUAUGUUUUUCAAUACUAUUCCUAUCUUAGAUUGCUAGUGCUAUUUUUAAUCGAGUUUGUGAAGAAGUUACAAUGAGAUUUUUUGUGGACUUGAGGUGAACAUAACCAUUGAAAUAAGAUAUACAAACCCCCUUUUGGCAUAAUGGCUUCUAUAAAAAGAUCUUGGAAAUUUCAAGAUUUUAUGGCACACAAUGCAAACGUCAACUGCUUGGCAUUGGGACAUAAAUCCGGUAGAGUAUUGGUUACUGGAGGUGAUGAUAAGAAAGUGAAUUUAUGGGCAGUAGGAAAACAAAGUUGUUUUAUGAGUCUGAGCGGUCAUACCACUGCAGUCGAUUGUGUACAAUUCAAUCAAUUAGAAGAACUAGUGUGUGCAGGUUCAAGAGCGGGGGCUCUUAAAGUUUGGGAUUUGGAGGCUGCCAAACUUGUAAGGACAUUAAAUGGUCACAAAUAUGCAAUAAAAUGUAUAGAUUUUCAUCCUUAUGGAGACUUUUUGGUCUCUGGAAGUGCCGAUAGCAGUAUUAAAAUGUGGGAUACCCGAAAAAAAGGGGUACUUUUUACUUACAACGGACAUAAGGGUACGGUGAACAGCGUCAAAUUCAGUCCCGACGGACAAUGGAUAGCGACCGGCGGUGAAGAUUCCACGCUAAAAAUUUGGGAUCUACGAGUCAGUCGAGUUCUUAAAGAAUUCAAAGAUCACAUGAAUCCGUUAACGUGCGUGGAAUUCCACCCCCACGAAUUCCUUUUGGCCAGCGGAAGCAUCGACAGAUCCGUAAAUUUCUUCGAUUUGGAAAACUUCAAUUUGGUAUCGACGGAAAGUGACGUAGGAGCUGUAAGAUGUUUGACCUUUAAUCCCGAUGGCGAAUGUCUUUUUGCUGGUACGAGGGAUUAUUUGAAAGUGGUUGGUUGGGAGCCAAACCGUUUGUAUGAUUCGGUGCCCGUUUAUUGGGGAAGAGUUACGGAUAUUUCUGUUGCUUCUAAUCAGUUGAUUGGCGCAUCUUUUCAUUUAACCAACGUUCAAGUAUAUGUAGUAGAUUUAAAAAAAUGCAAGCCUUUCAGCAUAUCAUCAGUUCUCGAUACGCAGACGGGUCCGUUUAUGCCUAAUCAAAGCAUAAGAAAAAGUUUUUCCAAAGCUGAACGACCGCCUAGUUUGAAAAGUAGAAUAUUAGAUGUAAAAACAAUUGAAGAAAGCACUUCUGGAACCGAUCCCGAAGAAGAAUCUACGGCAGAUAUUACGAAUGUAAAGGAUUACAACGAAAUUUUCAGAGGCAGAGGAUUACAAAGAACACCACCUCCCGAACCAGAACCCUUCCAGGAACCGGAAAAAGACGAAACUCUGGAACCACAAAUUUUGGGAAACAUUAUAACAGAAAGUUUAGAAGCUCUCUCAUUAGAUAAUGAUAUCAACAAUUAUAAAAAUUCUAACAUGCAACUAACUGUUAAUCACUACUCUAGAUCCAAGUCAAAUUUAGAUCAGGUUUAUGAAAAUAGGAAGCAGAAAGAUAAUAGAGAAAACAUAUUGCCAAAUAUCAACAAAACGAAGCAAGCAGCUAAAUUCGUCUUACAAAGGCAAAGUAGCUGUAAAGAUGUACCAGAAAAACCACCCAAGACAAGCACUAAUAUAAAACAUAGUGUAUCAGAAGCAAAUAUAAAUAAGGGUUCACAAUCAUCGAGAACGUCGUUUCGGAAGAACUCCUUCUCAAAACCUAGUCGUAAUUCAACCAGUGUUCCUAAUGUUUCAAAAAUACCUAAUGUCAAUAGUGCCAGGAGUGCGGUCGUAAAAUCCACGACUUUACCUCAAGUUGACAUAUACGUCAGUUCAGUAAGUGCAAAUUAUGAAGAGCGUAUCGUUGAGGAUCGAGAUAUGUUUAUACCCGUGUCGCUAGAUAGACCGGUCGGUUUGGAUUUAGACGAAUUCUUACCGAAAAACUACAAUGCAUUAGGUUUCCAACAACAAAUGCCAGAUAUGUCGGAAGCUGAAGUUUUAGGCGUGAUUAUGCGUAGCCAUGAGCCCGUAAUGGAUAUUAUAAAUACAAGGCUGAGAAGUUUGAAAUUGGUCUUAAAUCAAUAUAGGAGUAGAGAUAUGAAGACAGCUGUAGAAUCGGCAUUAGCGAUGGGCGAUAUAGCAGUUUUGGUAGACGUUUUAGGUGUCAUUAAUACUAAAUACUCGUUAUGGAACUUGGAUCUCUGUGUUUUGGUAUUACCGAAAAUUUUGGAUUUGCUACAGAGGAAAUACGAAACGUACCUGACGGUUGGGUGCAACACGCUCAAAUUCAUCCUUCGACAUUUUGGAGAUACAAUUCGAAGCAACAUCAGCGCGCCCGUUGGAAGUUUCGGCGUCGAUAUAACGCGAGAGGAAAGGUACGAAAAAUCUCAAAAGUGUCACGAAUUUUUGUUACAGAUCCGCGAAUUCGUUGUAAAAAAACAAACAUUACCCGUUAUAGGAACUUAUUUCAAAGAAAUAAAUACGAUGAUGCAAAAUUGUCUGGACUGACACAAAAAACCGUUAAAAAACGUGUUCUCAAAGUUCAAAAAUUCGAGUUUGUGAGAGUGUGUGACGUAAUUUCAUAUGACAGAUGAUAUUUAUUUACAAAUCCAAGAAGAAUUGCGAACGUCGUAAUUGUAAAUAUUCGUGACUCGAUUGUCGUCGCGUUUGUAGAAACCUUGUUCGUUUGUUAAUAACGUGCGACGUAAGCACUCCGUUCUUUUUGCUGACUUAAUUGAUUCUUUUACAAUUCUUUGAAGUAUAACCAGUGUGUCCUAAAUAUACAAAAAUCAGUUUAAAGGAAGUUAAUGAAGAUCUAUAGCAAGUAAACAAGGAUUUGUUGAAAUAGUGUAGUAAUUCUGUCUCAGCCUACUUAUUAGCUUCCACAUGGUUUUGACCGUAGUUUCUUCAAACUCUGUAUCAUCUUUUUUCCUCAUGUUCACGGCUCAAUCCUUUAAAAUCAACUCCUAUCAUUGCAAAAUGUUUACCAUACAAAUUUCUUACUGUAAACAUUAUUUUUUAUAUGUUUUAUUGUAUAAUUUAAAAACUUAACAAAAUUUUAAUAUAGCAUAAUCAUCCACCAUAUCGUGCUUUGUGGAGAUAAGUUAUGAUAUACUUAAUACUGAUGAGGAUCGUAUUAAUGCAAGAUGAUAUUUUUUAUACAAACUGAACAAAUGAAAAUAAUGACAAGGAGAACAAUAUGCGGAACUAGUCUUUUCUACGAAACAAACAAAUGUGUAUUUCCUCCAGAUUUUCAUCGUCCAUGCCAGCACAAACGUUGUGGCCCAACGCUUACAGAGCUGGCAGCCUACCCAAUGUUCUGACGAUUACAAAAAAUUGUUGUUUACAUCAUUACAAUAUAAUCAAAUCACAUCUUCAUCAUUGUUUUUUUGUUUUUCUGGCUGAGCGUUUGUUGGACUUUUGUUUGUUUUUAGCAUUCUUUUUGAGGUGAAGAUCACUAGGAUUGGAUGUUUUCCCCGGCAUUUUCAAAAUUUCCAUCUCAUUUUUAUAAGGAGUUGAGCUUAUUAUGGCUGUUAUCCCUCGGCGGUAUCGUUUCCUUUUUUUAGUUCGUUGAAUAGAAGGAAUGCACAAAAUAUAACUUGUGACCCAACGCCCACAGAGCUGGCAGCCUACUCAAGGUUUUGACGAUUACAAAAAAUUGUUGUUUACAUCAUUACAAUAUAAUCAAAUCACAUCUUCAUCAUUGUUUUUUUGUUUUUCUGGCUGAGAGUUUGUUGGCCUUUUGUUUUUUUUAGCAUUCUUUUUGAGGUGAAGAUCACUAGGAUUGGAUGUUUUCCCCGGCAUUUUCAAAUUUUCCAUCUCAUUUUUAUAAGGAGUUGAGUUUAUUAUGGCUGUUAUCCCUCGGCGGUAUCGUUUCCUUUUUUUAGUUCGUUGAAUAGAAGGAAUGCAUAAAAUAUAACUUGUGACCCAACGCCCACAGAGCUGGCAGCCUACUCAAGGUUUUGACGAUGACAAAAAAUUGUUGUUUACAUCAUUAAAAUUGGCAAUGCUAGACGUCGGAGGGUUUCAUUCACUUCAUACUCCUUACACCUGUUUAGAAUAGGGAUUGAAAGUUUAACAUUUACAAGGUUUCGAACCUAGGAACAAUUGUUUGAAUAUUCAAUUUUCCUAUAUUGUCAUUUGAAGUACUAUUUUUCAUUUAGAAAAAUAUUAAAUAGAAAUUUCUAUUUAUUCCUUUUACGUAUACAUCACCCAUCAAAACAUAUCAAUUACAUUGCUUUUUUAGUUUGGAUCUAAAGUCACAACUUACUGUUAUUAAAGUUAGACCAAUUUUUUUUAACUAACAUAAACAAGUUGUUCGUAUUACUCUUCUUUAGGACAUGCUGUAUAUACAAAUACGAUCAAUGAUUGUAAAUGGAUCAGCUUCGUACUUAAUUAUUUUUUACUGAUGGGAUACAUUUAUGUGACUUGAAUGAAGUCUAUUAACAAGAAAAUUUGAUUUGAUAUUGUAUUACUCAAUAUUUAAACUACAGGGUUGUCUAUAAAUAUAUUUAUUACAUAUUAGUUUCAAUGCAGAAUUUUAUUGUAUUUUAAUACCGUAUCCAGAUAUAUUUCUUGGUAAACAAAUCUAUUGUAAUAAUAUUUUUUUAUUAUAAGGUGUAGAAACAUUUUGGAAUAAUAUGAAAAUAUCUUUUAUCAAUUUUUAAAAAAGUUAUUGCCGCGAUUAGCUUUUUACUAAUGAUAGAAUAUAAAUUGACAAAUCGUCAAUAGUAAUUUUGACAGUAAGCAGGCGAGCAGAAACGUACAAUUCAUAAUUAAAAUUAUAAAAUAAAAUAGUUUCUUCCAUUUACCUUAUGAAUAUUUGAUAACAUCAUUGUGGGUGAAAAAUAUUUUUUUUAUUAUACUGAAACUGCAAACAUACUCUCUGGCAGGAAGAUUUCGAAGAAAUCGUGUACAUACUUCCGACAAUUCCGGCCAACAGAAAAGCAUUUAUGUUUACGAUUCGAUGUUUUUAUUGGUAAACAGUGAAGAUGAUGAGUCCACGUGGACUGACGGUUUGUUAGAUGUUUACCGAAUUUUAUACGGGGAGUAAACAUUAUUUUUCAUUUAUAAAUUUGGUAUGAGUGCCGUGCGUAUUUAUGAAAUAUUGAUUGUUCCUCGCAAUUGAUAAUGGAACAACUUUACCACCGAAAAAGCGAUGCGCUUAAACCACGUCGCCAAGGGUAUAAUCGCUUAUUCUCGAAAUUAACAUAACAGAAGAUAAUUUUUUUACUGUUAUACCAAAAUUCUGUUGGAGUACCUUCAACAUCAAACAUUGAUUUUGCCAUAUGCCAAAAAAUUUUUUGUUGUUAAAUAUUUGAUAUUCAAAGAUACAUGUUUCUACAUUAACUAAGGUAAAUUCAAAACUAAUAUAUCGAUGUGAUUGUGAUGUUGAAAUUUUGCAGUAUUUUGCGAGUAUUUUUCAUUAUACACCAAAAAUCAAUGUAGAUGUUAGACAUAUAGUAAUAAAUUCUCGACAACUGAACCAACAAUGUAUGAAAUUGUAAUAAUAAAUUAACAUCAGCUAUUAGUCCAUUGAAAUGUCACGUGACAUUUGUAUGGGGGAUCAAUAGAAGCUUAACCUAAAGUUUGUGGGGUCGCCACCCUUGUCCUCCGGCCGACACCUUUUUCUCGAUAUCUCGGAAUCUAUGCAUCUUACAAAUAUUCGUUGCAAAUUUUUUUGCCUACAAAUAUGUUUAUAUAACUUUUUGCCCUAAAUUUAAAAUUAUAGAAGUUAUAAGCAAAAAAGUGAGAAAAUUUUUAUAAAAAGUUUCUUUUUUGUUCUAUAACUUUUUUCAUACAUUUUACAAAAAAAAAUACCUCGGACCAAUCUUGUAGAUAAUCUUUUGAGAAAACUUUUUCUCUAUAAUUUUUUUUUAAUUUCAUUCAUUUAAAACGGUGUUACAGCGCUCCUAAGUUGGCCGGGCUCGUCAAUGCUCUUGAGAAUCCGUUAAAACGAAAUUUUCAACUUAUUUUUCAUUUUUUUUAUUGUAAAUAUGUUCUUUUUUAUUAAAUUCGUACAACUUCAAUUAUUCAUUGCUAACUCUUUUCCCCGCCAUCUAUGAGAUAGAGUCUGUAGGCGCGUUUUUUAACGUGGUAUCUCCAGCAGGCCUACUCCAUGAACAUCUUGCUUAUAAGGUAAUCCUCGACAUUAUAAUAUCAUCAUCAUCAUCAUUAAUCACUUAUUAGCUAGCUACUCUAAUUUACUUUUCUUCGAUGGUCCGGGCUGUGGCUAAGAAUCUAAAUAAACGUAAAAUGUAAAAUUUUGAGGAAUUAAAGUAGUUAAAAUUGGACACAUAGCUGGAAGUUCAUCUUCGAAUUCAUUCUCUCCCAUUAACUUUGACAUUUCCAUGACGUUACUGCAUGUUUUGCAAAAACAAUGGAGGCAUACUGUAGAGCAUUUCAGGCCUGCUUUUCUGCAGCCACACAUGCUUCCACAGUUUUUUUCGCAUCUGCAGAAAAUCAAUUUCAUGAGAUCGGGGGGUGCUGGAGUCUUGGAAGCUUGUAUUGGCAUCUAAAUGUUUGCAUGCUUUUCCAUCCACAAUCUUCAGGAUUUUGAUAUGUUCCUAGUUGCAGGCAGCGAUGAUAAAUUAAAUGAAUUUUUAGUCACAGCCUGGACCAUCGAAGUAAAGUAGAUUAGAGUAGCUAGCUAAUAAGUUGUUGAAAAUGUUAUGAUGUCGAGGAUUAUCUUAUAGGCGAGAUGUCCGUGUAGGCCUACUGGGUAUACAACGUUAAAAAAACACGCCUACAGACUACCUCAUAGGUGGCGGGGAAAACAAUUAGCAAUUGAAUAAAUGAAGCUGUACGAAUUUAACAAAAAUUUACAAUAAAAAAAAUCAAAAAUAUGUUUUGACAUUUCGUUUUGACCGGAUUCUCAUGAGCAUUGACGAACCAGGUCAACUUUGGAGCGCUGUGACAGCGUUUUAAAUGAAUGAUAUUGAAAAAAAUUACAGAGAAAAAAUUUUUCUCAAAAGAUCAUCUGCAAGAUUGGUUUGAGGUAAUUUUUUCGAAAAAUGUAUAAAAAAAAGUUUUUAUUAGUAUUUUUACACUUUUUUGCUUAUAACUUCUUUAAUUUUAAAUUUAGGGCAAACAAUUAUAUGAACAUAUUUGUACGCAUAACAAUUUGCAACAAAUUAUGUCUUCACGAAUUUUUUGUAAGACGCAUAGUUUUCGAGAUAUUACGAAAAAAGUGAUAUCAUCAUUUUUUCCAAGAUGGCGGCCGGGGGACAAGGGUAGUAAACCCACAAACUUGAGGUUAUGCUUCUAUUGACCUCCCACACAUGUCCCAAAAAUAAAAUUGCAACCUCCUAUAAAAAAUGCAUUAAUCGGUUCCUUAAUUGUAACUUUUCAAUGGACUAUGUAUAUAUAUAUAUAGGCUUGAAUAGUAGCUUUUUUAAUUUCUUUUGAAAUAAACCUUCACAAAAUAACAAUUUCUUUAAAAUGAGUCGAGUCAUAGGUAAAAGUAAUAGUACAGUAAAAUAAUGACAACUUAUAAAAACUUGUUUAAAUUGAUAAAUUUUUUCUAGGGGUCUAAAAAUUUAUUACUUGAUAUUCUUCUCUAAACUUCAGUAAUCUUUUGAUGACAUAAAAAACUUAGAGCAUCUAUUUCGCCUAGAAAGUAUCUUCCAAAUUUAAAACAGGAACUGAGUAUUAAAAACAGGAAUUUUUCAUAUAAAAAAGGAAAUCUACUUUCCUAACUUGGACCAAUGUUUAUCUAAGUAAUAAUAUGUAAAUAAUUUGAAUAAAUCCCACUAAAGAGUUAAUCUAUUUGAUUUUAGAUCAAACUAACUUUUUGGUUUUCUAAUUUUAUCGUUUUUUCAUGAAAUUUGGUGGAAAUAUUCAGUCAAAAUAUAAGCUUUUUUAAAAAGUCGGUAAGAUUUUUAUUCGUUGAAAUCUCUGCUUUCUGAUGGUGUAAUAAGAUAUUACCACCACCAUAGCAAAAAAACGAAAAAAGUUGCAUCAGAAUUUUUUUUCAAUUAUUUGUGCAAUUUUCAGUUAAUCAUUAUUUCAUUAAUCACCUUUUUUUCGUCACCUCUUGAAUAUCGUUUCUCCAGUUUUCAGCGAUUACAUUUUUUACUUCCGUCUUUAUCAAAUCGAUUACCAUACUACUGUUCAAAGUAGGAAUAUUAUUGUCGACACAUAUAUUAGACUUUAAUUCAUGCCAUAUCAACUGGAUCGUGACUGCUUUCUUUGCAAUUUGCAAUUAUAACGUUUCCCUGCUUCUAAGAAUUGUUGACCAUUUAUAACUUUUGUGGAAAUUUGUGUCGCGUUCGCAUAAAAAUUCCUUUAUUUCACUUUUUCCAUCUUCGAAAACUACCGUGGUUGUAUCGCGUGGUGAUCCAGGGUGAGAUCCGAAAUAUAUUUGGCUGCUUAAAACAGACAUUAUGGUAUCCAUCCUUGCUCUAACCUUCCAUGUAGAAUAGUUAUUAUUUUAUCUUCAUUAGAUAGAGCUUUCAUGUAAAAUUCUUUUGAACCAUCCUUGACUGGGUGUAUCAUGGGUGUCGUACCAAGUCUCAUUUAGGUAGAUUAUCAUUCUGUUUUCCAAUCUAGUUGUAUUUAUUUUUCGAGAUAUUUUACUGCGUUUUUGCAACUGCUGUGACUAUUACAACUUGCCUUUAAAUUUUAAAUAAAAUCUCAACCGACUUAGAGUACACCACAAAGUUAUGGUGGAACAAUUAAUCUCGCUAUCAGUUUCCUUAGACAGUCUGCGUGAAAUUAACAAUAACGUUGUAGAAGAAGAGCCGGUGACCAAUUUUAGGUGGUCACUUCAAAAGUCACGAAACUUUAUACAGUAAAUCCUCUAUAUCUACUGAAAAUGAAAAGCCGCUUCUGGGAAAUUUAGGAAAUUACUUUCGACAGUAUUUUGUCUUCAUGGAAUUUUUGCCACAGAAGUUACACAUCUCUCCUAAUUGUUGACAUAACGCUAUGAAAAUUCCAUCACUAACAGUCUGUCAAAGCAAAAAACGUGUCUGUGCGAUUGCAAGUAAGACAGUAAUAUGGAAACCUGCGGGUUAGAGUGAGUCCGCUUAUUGGGCGUCUGUGGACUUUAUUAGACGUAGAUUUAAAAUUAUACAUAAUGAUUUUUCUUAAUCUUGUCGAAACAUCACUUUUGAAAGAUUUUUCCUUACCUUUGACGCAGAUAUUCUCUAGGUCAUUAUCAAGCAUUCUUCUUCAAGUAUCAUACACUUUGCAGUGUGUAGGUAUUCUCUUGUACAAAACUUCUAAUCUAUUAUCUGAAGAUACCCCUUUUCUGCACUCUGAAUGCCACAGUAGUCUCUUAUAUUCCGUAGCCAGGAAUGUUGUUUACUCUUUGGUCCUCUCCUUUCGUCGAUCUUUCCCGUCAGUAUGAGCUUGAGAGUAGAAUAUCUUGGCCCUCGCAGGAUGUAUCCCAAAUAUGAUACUUUUCGUUGUUUAAUUACCGCGAUCAAUUCUCGUUCCACGCCCGCUUUCGUCAGUACUUUUUCAUUCGUCAUGUGCUCGGUCCAUGAGAUCCGCAGAAGUUUGCGUAACAGCCACAUUUCCAUUGCUUCUAUACAAAAGGAUUCUCGGCGGAUUAGGAAGUUAUUAAACUUUGUAAAAGCUGUUUUUGCAAUUGCCAUCCGAGUUUUAACUUCCUCGUCGCAAUCCCAUUUCAUUCAUUUAACAUACAUCCAAGGUAUUUAAAUUUAUUGACUCUAUGUUAUUUCCAUUGACAAGUAAUUGAGCUUCGCCGUGUUGUUGUCUGCUUAUGACCAUUAGUUUGGUUUUAUGCGCGUGUAUUGUGAGUCCGUAUUUGGUUCCAAUUUCGUUGAUAGAAUUGACUAGCUCUUAUAAAUCUUCUACGUUUGCGGCUUAUAUCGCAGUAUCGUCGGCAUACCUAAUAUUAUUUAUGAGAGUUCUUUUUACCUUAACCAUUAACUAUAGUGGUGAAAAAUUCUUACGUUUCUAUGGUCGUGGGCCCAAUUGACCCAUGUAUUUUAAAAUGGCCACAAAAUCAAAUGAUACAUAUUUUAUCAAAAUCAACAAUAGGAACUUCAAUUUCUCACUUUAAUGGCACUUACAAAAUCUGUCGUUUUUUCUUACCAUCAGAAUAAGUUGGCUUACAAAAAUCUAAAUAAAAACAAAAAAAAUACGUUUCACAUUUUGUCUAUUUUUCUCGUUAUUAAAUAAAGUAUCCUUUUUCAUAAAACAAACAAAAAAAUAUUUUUUUGGAAAAUCUGACACCUACUCAAUUACUUGCAUGAAGUACAGACGAUAUUUGCGCAAGUCAUGCAUAUGGGCUGCGUGUACUUAGUGCAUAAGUGCACGGUCUUAGCUCUUUUCCCAGUCAAACAGAAUGAGCAUCGCUUUCUUUUCUUUCUAUCUAAUUUUAUGGUCUCUCCAAAGGUCCCGCUUGUGUAAACUCAAUUUUUAGAGCUUCUGCAAUGCUCAUUCGCAGUUGUGUGGACAGUCUUUGAUUGUAGCAUCGCAAUUUCAUAUAAGGUUCACAUAAAGACUGAGCAAGGCCUUUCAAGAUCAUCAUACGUGUCAUUUUAGGUUUUCUUUCAUGACUCUGUUGAAGUAAGUAAGCCUUCAAAGCACUCAUAUCCAAUAGUCUAUACAGAUCCGGCAACGACGUGUUCUGCGGCAGCUUGAGUAUAAUGCGCACAUUUAGUCAACAGAAUCGACACCGCUUUUUGUGGUAUUAUAGAGCAGUAUAAUUUCAGGUUUGUUUGAGGACUCAUCAAUAUUAUUAUCAUGAUGUAUUGAAGACACCAGUAUCACACUCUUAUUUUUUUUGGUACGUAACUGACAAUUGUUGCAUCUUUUGUAAAUCCGAAUCAUGAAGAUCUAAUUGGACGAUCUUUGUAAGGCAGAAAUUCUUUGGGUAUUUCUUUUUUGUUUUUCUUUAUCGUUCCUACAACCGUGGUGCCUUUAGUUAGCAUAAUAUAGACAAGUUCCAUAGAGUUGUACCAAUUAUCAGUCGUUAUAUUACGAUUGGUGUUCAAAAUUGGCUGGCAAAGUCGUAGACAUGCUUGAACUGGUAUCGUCAGUUUUUUCUCUUCCUGUGUCAAAGUAUUUUUCCAUAGUACAAGUAAGUAUUUAGAACAUAAUGCAAGACACUUCAUUUUCAAACGUAUUCAUUUGGUUUGCUGGGAAUAUACAUCUUGACGCUGCAACGUCUGCGGAAGCCUACUAACAUCUCAUCGAUUGUUGCAUGAAAUCCAAUUGAGUUAUUUGUUUGAGAAUUCUUAUUGUGCAAAGUUUUUAUUUCUGUAGUAAUGCGUCCUGGGUCCAUUUUUUUGUUUUGUGUUCUUCUCUGUCUCCAGGAUUAUCAAAGCGAAGACAUUUCAAAAGUAUGUAAAAUCGCAGAGAAGAUGUGUUAAGCCGAAAAACGAUACAAUGGUUUCGUGGUUGGAUUUGAGGACGCAGAAUAUAUCAAAAGACCUAAGAAACAAUCAAUUUCUUUUUUUGAACAUUCUCUCAUUUCAGUACGAUCAGGAGAUUUGUAUUUCAUCUUUAUACUUUCUAAUUUUUUAUUUGUCCAAAACAGUUUUUUAUGUAAUUUUGUCAAAUAUUAAAUGAAAUGCUUCACGUGGACGAUAUGGCUCAUCAGGUCGUGAAGGUGAUGACUUAUGCCAAUUUUUUCCGUAAUAAUACUCGGAGGAAUUCGGACGUGUACUCACCUCAUCAGAGCUUUCUUCACUAGAUAUUUCAGAGCUUGUGUCAUGUUGACUAUCUAUAACAAAGUCCUCGUCAUUAUCUGAGAAAUCGUUGUCAAACUGUGUUCUAGGAUCACAAGCAAGCAAGGAAUUUCGAUCAAUUUUUUCGAAAUUUCUGUCUAACUCUUAAUUCCUCCAUUGAUCUACUUUAUGUCUUCCUCAUUUACAGAUAGAAUCUUGCGAUUUGCCAUCGUGAUGAACUAAAACAAUUAAAAAAUAAAAAAAUACAAAAAAUAAAAAAAGUUACUUAUCUGGGUCCAACGGACCCGCGUAAAAGCUAAUACGCACCUUUGCAGUGGAGAGCGAAACGCGUCCGUUUCACGGCAUGCGAUCCGGCUUACUGGAUGAAGGUACUGAGAAGCGGAAACGAAUGUGUUGUUAGGCGCGGCGUAUACUGGACUUUGAAAAUUCAUCCUGGGUCUAUUGGAACCAUAACGAUAUUUAAGGGUUAAUGUCUUUUAGAUGGUCUUGAGAAUCAGAAGGUAUUCCGUAGUUAGAGAGCCGCUAAUUCACAGUUUCACUGUUUGCUCUGCAUCAGCUUUUGUCUUUACUAUCGAUAUCAACAUCCUUUAGGAUGUCAAUCAGUAAGUCUUGCCGAAUGGAGUCAAUCUUUUCUUUGAUCAUUUUUGAAUUGAAUUAAAUGUUACCUCUUGGUAUGUUAUGAUCGUGUUCAAUCAUGCUCAAAUAAGUUCUUCAAAUAAUUCCAACAGAUACUGUACAAUUACUAUAUUCUUGGAACAAAAUCAAAAUCUAGAUGUUAAUACAGUGAUCCUAAAUGCAUUUGUUUGAUUACUACAAUUUUGAUUUUAAAAUUCUAUGAUAUUUUUUAAUAGUUUUUUUAUCAUUUCGUGUAUUGGUUUUCUCAAAGGAUCUCGAAAACGGUAAGAGACAGAAAUUCUGACAGAGCAGCACUUUUCAGAAAUCAAUGAAUCACAUCAGGUUAGAUUUUCUUUUUGAUAUAUUUACUUCUGUAUUAACCUUUUUAUUAUUUCCAUAGUCAUAUUAUCAACAUAUUCAUCUAACACUUCGGAUUCUUCAAUUCAGGACCAUAAAAUAAUCUCAUCGAUGUUACCGUUUUCGACAUUCCAAUGUAGGUUCCCAAUUUGGGAUACCCGGUGUGUUUCUACUAUUGAAAAUACAGGGUUAUUCUAUAUGAUGGACCCAUUUUUAAAAAUUCGUAUUUAUUAAAUUACAAAUGCUACAUGAAUAAUUUUUAUACCAAUGAAAAGUGGAAGUUUCAAAGUUUCUUUUUAACGUAUUAAAAGUGGUCAAUGUGGCCUCCAACUGCUGCACGCCAAACUCAUCCCACACACCAGUAAGUGUAUCUGGUGUUACUGAGUGCACGGCAGCAGUGAUACGGUUCCGCAGAUCGUUCAGAGUUGUUGGUAGAAGGUGGACGAAAACAGCUUCCUUAACAUAAUCUCAUAAGAAAUAGUCACAUGUGGUGAGAUCCGGAGAUCUCGGUAUCCAGGAGUGUAGAGGCAGUACUUCAUUUCCCCAAUCCAACGCUGAGGACGGGAUUCAUUAAAAAAGCCUCGUACAUCAAGGAGUUAAUAGAGUGGAGCUCCAUCCUGUUGAAAAAUGAAGUCCAGUUCUUUCCGCAUAAAAAUGGUACAAAAAUCUUUGUACGUGAUAAGGCACAGAACACGUUUAGUUUUGGUGUUGCAAUGUUGUAUGUAGAUUUUGCAAACCCCAUUGUGUCUGUUGACAUUUCCACCGAGGUGGAAAGUUGCUUCGUCGCUAAAAAUGAUUCGCUGUACAAAUGUGUCAUCCUCCAUAAUUUCUAGCACAUUCGAGACGCUUGUUUUUGUCAUUAAGCUUGAGAGCCUGCACGAGUUCUAAACAGUAGGGCUUGUACAGCAAACGCCGUCUCAGAACUCUCCGUACAGUUGGUUGGGAUAUUCCAAGUAUUCUACUAGCUUUAUUGGUAGACUUGGUAGGCUGCGAAGAAAACUUCGUCUUCUAUCCGUCUGACAUCAUCUUCUAAUACACGCGGUCGGUCUGUGCUUUUUCUUUUACACACACUGCCAGUCUCUUUCAAUUACGAAAUGCCUGCUACAAUUUGCGACUCACUUUAUAACAUAAAACACUUUGUACUCCAUAGUCGCCAUCUCACUCACAACUGGCAGUGACAGAAAAUGGCGCCAUUUCAUAGCAUUUGUACUUUAAUGAAUACGAAUUUUUAAAAAUGGGUCCAUCAUUUCGAAUAACCCUGUAUUGUGAAAGACUAAUAUAAUAAUCGAGUUCUUAGUUUGAUAUUAUUUAUAAAAAUACAUUACAUGUAAUAGGCUAAAAGAUUGAAUAUAGGACCUAAAUAAGAGGUUUGUAAAUACCAUUGAAAGACCAAAUAAUUAUUUUUUGUUUUAUUAUCAAAUUUUGAUGGUAUUUCUGUUCAAAUACGUAGUUCUAAUGUAAACAAAUGUGAGGGUAUUAAAAUAUUUUUCGACAACAACUUUGUACACAAUGAUUAAUAUUAGGGAAUAAAUUUGGUGGGAUGGAAUAAUUUUAUAUAAGUAGUUUCUUCAUAAGAAGAACGGGAAUCUGUGUUCAAAACCCGUAGUCUUAAAACUAUUAUUCUCAACUCGUGUUGGAGCAGUUAAACUUCUCUUAUCAUGAAGAAACUUCUUAUAUUCACAAGCUAAACGUAGAGUUUACUACUGAUGUAAUAAUGUGAUAUGCUCUGCAUUCGAUACUCCUUUCGAUGAACGACUCACAUUAUCAGAAUUACCAAAAGAAUUAUUACAAAUAUUUGCAUGGAAACAAAAUUUUAAUCGGGGUAAACCUCAAACAGACAUGUCCCGAUGAGUCGGAGCACCUCAAAUGUGAAGACUCUUUGGUUAUCAUAAUGUUUUAAAUACCAAUCCCGAAGAAAAUUUAUUUUCCUCAAUUUCUUUCUGUCGAAUCGGAAACUUGUGUAAAAAAUGGAGUAUUAUAAAUUACAAAUUUUAUACUAGUUAUUCUACAACAUUAUUUUUUUCAAAUUUUGUGUAAAUACAUUUAUAUGCCAUUCAUAUUAUUUCAUAAUUUCAAAUAGUAAUGUAUCUAAAAGACUCUAAAUCCGUCCAAUAUUAUAUAAUAAUGCAAUGUUAACAUAGUACUUUUUAUAAUAAUAUUGAUGCUAAUAUUUAAUGUGAACAUAUAGGCUAAGUUGUUGAGCGUUUUUGUUUGACAAAAGAAAUACAACACUCCAAUUGAGCGAUUAUAUACGGCGAUAAAACAAGAAUUUGAACCCCUCAAAAAAUCAGAGACCAACACGUCAAAUUUUAGAUGAGGAAAUGACAAAUUUUCAUACCUAAAACAUACAAGUCAUUUGAAAUCAUCUACACAACUUGUAUUUUUCAAUUUAUGAAACAAUUUAUGUUGGAUUCAAUCAAUUUUUUUGUAAAAUAUUAGUAAGAACAAAAACAAUUAAAAAAGUCGUCGCACACUCAGCGCGGGACAUAUAGCGCAACUUUUUUUUGGAAAAAUUUUUAUUAAUUUAAUUAAUAUUUUCACAAUAACGCCCAAAAUUUCUUUGAUUUCGACACAUCUACAACUAUACAGAAAUUAAAUGCAAAAACCCGAAAUCGCUACAUGCUUCCUCAUCAAAUUAAAUGAGAGACAGAGAGAUGCACUAAAUCGAAUUAUGUCAGUCUUUUGAGCCUAGGUAUGGUAAAUUGCAGAAUUCUUCUCAGAAUAAUAAGAUCUUUCAAGCUGAAAUGUCUUUGUCGAUCUUCGCAACUUAUCAAAUGUAUUUGCCAUUUUUAAUUCCGAAGGUAGCUGAUUGAAUAAUUUUUUAGUGCUGAAGAUGAUGGAAUUUUCUACCACAUUAGAAAUGGGUAAAGUUUAGUAAAUGUCCAAAUUCUUUCUUCUUAUAGAGCGGAUCUCUAAAUUGAGUUGUGGAAAUGUUUGCGAAUCAAAUAAACAGAUUCUAAAAUGAAAAGGGAGAGUUAGAAUUUUUUGUUUCUUGAAAUAGAAUUCACUAUGCGUUCUACUACUCAAACCUUUAAUAAAACAAAUAGCUCUUUUUUGAAGAUAGAUCCGAAGAUGUGCAAACCACAAGACCCCCAGAAAGGUAAACCAUACCGAAGAUGCGAUUCGAACAAGUGGUAAGUUGUUAAAGUAGCACGAAAAUCGAGCUGUUCAGACACAGAUUUAAUCGCAAAACAAGCGGAGGAUAAUUUUUUUGGAAGUUUUAUACAUGCACAGACUAUUGAAGGGCCCCGUCAAUAUGUAGAACUAGAAACUUAAUCGAAUUUAAAGAUCGCAUCAAGUCAUUGUUGAGUUUUAGAGCUGGUUAAGGUCCUUUAUAGGAUAAGACUAAAAUUUUCUCAGUAUUGAAACAGUGACCGUUCGCCUCAGACCAGGACUUAAUAGUAAUGAGAUCUUUGCCUAUGGUAGAAUGUGAAGCUUGUAUAUCUGGACCACUCCAGGUUCCAGUGGUGUCAUCUGCGAAUAUAAUGAAUUUACCAUUAAUUAUGUCUGUGACAUCUUGAAUUAAUACCAAAAAUGACCUCCGCUGAAACCAAAGAAAACCACAACAUAUUUUCAAAGGCUCUUCUCACAUUUUCAUAUACAUCUGGUGUCAGUGGUCAGCAUUCGGCCACAAUUGUCUACCGCAACUCUGCAAGAUCUGCAGGCGAAAUGGCGUAUUAUUAUUUCACCUAACCAUUAAAAAAUCUAAAGAUCUCGUCGACCACUUGUGCCUCUUUAGCCAAUUCAUAUCUCUGAAAACGUUGGUUCAAUAACUGUCUUACUUUUUCUGUUAGAUUUUUUGUUAGUUCUCAAUAUAUGUAUCAUAGACCAGGGUCGAUAAUUUUUGAAACCCAAAAAAAAUAUAAUGGUAGGAUGGAAAAUAAUUUAUGGGCGAUCUGAGGUCGGGAAGGGAAAGGGGGUGUGUUUUUGAGGGUAAAAACCAGUUUGUCUCGAUUUCUAGAAAAACUACAUCUGCUAUGAAUAAAAAAAUAGCGACAACUUUUGUAUUUACACUUUUCUUACAUAACCUCAAAAUUUAUGUGAAAAAUUAAUAAUUUUUGCCUUUCACAAAAAACAUUUUUUUCCACGAAAUUUUGUGAAAAGUUACCUUUUAUGUCCUAGAUAUAUUGUAAUUUAUUUGAUUUGAAAUAUUUAUUUUUUCACGUUAUUUUGACAUAAAAUCGAAAAAGCACCCUAAUUUUCGAACGAAAAUUUUCCCAUCAAAAUAUCAGCUUUUUUUAAAAAGUUGGUGAGAUUUUUGUUCGUUGAUAUCUCGAAUUCCUAAUUGUGUAAAAAAAAUAAUGCUAGAUAAAUUUUCUCAGGAAAGGCAAAAAAUAAGACGAAAAUUUGAUAUCAUUACAUACAAUUUUUAGUUAUCUAUCAAAUUUUUCCACUCUAAUUACACCAAUAAUGUGAGAUUCCAUGUUACAUUGAAGAAUAUAAGUAAUUAGAGUCUAAAAUUUUAAAAAAUAUUUAAAAAUUGUACAUAAUGAUUAAAAAACAAAAAACAUAAAAAAAUAUUUCAAAUCAAAUCAAUUGGUAUAUACGGGACAUAAAAACGUAACUUUUCACAAAAUUUCGAAAAAAAAAAUAUUGUUUGUAAUAGAUAAAAAUUAAAAACUUUAUUUUUUUAAUUUUUCACAAAUUGCUAUUUGUUUUUUCUCCACAGCAAUUGUAGCUUUGCAAGAAAUCGAAAUAAACCGUUUUUUACAAUUAGAAACUCACACCCUUUCCUUUUUCAUCAUAUUCUCCUUCUUUUGCAAUGGGUUUCAUUCUACUAUUAUUUAUAAUAGUAUAUAAUAGUAGUUAUCAACUCAGGUCUAUUUACACAAUCGAAAAAUUGGUUUAUUCCUUAAUCUUUUUGUACAGCAUUUUUAAAUCCCUUCAACUUAGCCUAACGAUUAUCGAAUGCUUAAAUGAUAACUACAUAUAAAGUUAUUAUUAUUAUUAAUUAAUUUACUUUGUUAUAAACUAAAUCCACCCGGAAACUCGGAAACAAAUAUUUAUUUAGAUAAAAUGUACAAAUACAUUCAGGUUUUCUAUGGACACUGAAAAACUUAAUUUUCCCAAAAUCUUAUUACCUUCAUAUAACAUUUUAUGAUUUAUUCGCUUCAUCGAGUCUUCAUAGAUAUUAUUGACCAUCAUAAUCAUACGGACUCGAUUUAGUUGACCGAUAGUUUGAUUAAUACCGGAAAUAUUUUUUUGAUACUAAUUUGUUAUAACGUUAUUUAAACUAUAUUGAUGAGUUAUAUUGGAAAUGUUGGUUUUUGUAUAAAAUUCUCAAUAACUUUUACGCCCGUGUUUCCAAGUUUCCAAAUAAAGUUUAUCGGCGUUUUUUUUAUAUUUCAAAAAUUAAAUACCAUUACAAGAAAGUCGAUUUUUAAAAAUUUCGUAGUAUUAGAACCUUAAAAUAAUUAAACGAUGGUAAAUAUAUCUUACGUAUAAAGAUCAAUUAUGAAAAGAUGAACUUCAAAAUUAUUGAGUUCGUUUUUACAAUCUUGGUAAUACCUAUUUGGUUAAUUGAUCGAAGCAGUUGUAUUGUAUACGGACUCAAUUUAGUUGACCAGUGGUUACUGCCUUAUACUAUUUACGCAGGUUAUCCAUACAAUAUAUUCGUAUUCUUCCAGGUCAUUUUUUAUCAACCUUCACCUGAAGAAUAAUUUAUAUUAUCCGAUAUUUAGUUUGUUUCUCAUAUGUUCUAGAAUUCCCAUUGCGACUUUGUCAAGAAAUGCAAUCAGCAUUUAUUUGCAAAGUGAUUCGAUUUACCUUAUACAUAUCCAAUUCCUUUGCUGAGCGGCUAAUUCUUCUUACUUUGCAGAGAAUAUGAAGCAUCUUCUCAAUAAUCUAUAGAGGUAAACUUCUAAACCUUCUCGAUGUCCUUCCAAUUUACUUCUAGAAUUCCUAGUGCUAUUUGAAUAGGUGUCUUUUAUCAAGCUUAAAACCAAGUUCUAGGCUCAUCUAAGUUAUUUGCUGGAUUAAGACCGGAAAUAUUUUUUUGAUGCCAAUUUGUAAAUUCCGUUAUUUAAACUAUAUUAAUGAGUUAUAUCAAAAUUUAGAAAGUUGGAAAUGUUGAUUUCCUUUUUUAUACAGUUCACCAUAACUUUUAAGUCCGUUUUUCAAAGUUUUUAAAUGAAGGAAAAUCGUUAUUUGCACCUUAUAGAUCAAAUUCUCUCAGUGGUCAACAUGGGUAAAUCCUGUGGAUUGAGAACUGUGAACCAUCGUAGGGAUCAAAGUUAGGCAGAAAGAUUAUAAAAAGGCUAAUCCUUUUGGAGGAGCUUCUCACGCUAAAAGAAUUUUUCUCGAAAAAGUAGGAAUAGAAGCUAAACAACCAAUAUCUGCCAUCCGUAAAUGCGUUAGGGUCCAAAUAAUUAAAAAUGGUAAGAAGAUCACUGCCUUCGUACCAAGAGAUGGUUGUCUCUAAAUCACAUCGAAGAAAACGAUGAAGAACUAUAAAAUUAUUGAAUUUAUUUUCAUAAUUUUGGCAAUACCGAUUUAGUUUAUUGAUCGGAACCACAGUUAUGUUUUUUUUUUAUUUACCUGGUACUCCUUGGAUUUUGGUAUUGGAAAUAAUCGUUUCACCUAAUUCUUCUUCAACUUAGAGUAACCUUUUCCUUUGUCACAUGAUUUUUAUUUCCGUUCCUCCAUCAAUUGCAGUACCUAUUUCAUCAAGCCUUAAAAUUUUAUAUCUUUCGUUGCAAAUUUCUUACAGAGAUAGUUUUUUUAAAUUUUCCUCAGCUUGAUUUUGAAAAUACCUACAACUAAAUUAUUUGGACAAUAUGGAUUUGAGCUGCUUCGGUUCGAGUAUAGUUGAGGUGUGGUACUAUUCAUUGGUGACAACUAGAUUUUUUGACAUACUUAUAUUUUGGCGAUAUGCUGUAAACUAUAUUAUCAAAGUUUCUUUCAAAUCGUAGUUUCUAUGCCACUUUUAUCUUCUCUUGGAGAAUUUGCCUGCAUGAUUUAAAUGUGUAUUUAGCAUGCUGUUUUAUGUCUAAAAUUAGUAGUUUUUUUAUUCUUGAACCUUAAAUAAUACUUAUUGUCCAAGAGUAUGCUCUGUUGAAACUUUUAAUGUAUAUUUGCCUUGGUUAAUGCUAAUGCAUUUUUCCAAUCCCUUCCGGCCAUAGAUCUCCAGUUAUCUCUUGGAUUGACUAAAAAUUGAUGACUUCAUCAUCUUACCAAAAUCUUCGACCACUAAUCUGGGAAAUAUUUGUGAGUUUCACUAUGGUGUUUAAUUUUGCCACAAUUCCACUACGAAAACGCAUAUAUAUUAAAAAAUUGAUUGAUUUUUAAUUUUGCCACAAUUCAUGUACGAAAACCCUCAUAGACAAAUUUGUCGCUGCUGCAGUUUUGUCAUUCGUAUAUAAACAAGGUGUUGAUUUUUAACAUUAUUUAUUAUUUGCUUAAUUUGAAAUGAAAUCUAGAUUGAUUCAAAUUUAAAUACCCGAAAUACUACGAAUAUUUCAAAAAUACACUUUCAUAUUUUAUUUAAAACUAUUGUUUUGGGUAUGAUGUGCAGCCAUCCACACUACCUAAUAAUACUAGAAUUAGUUGCAAUAUGAUUUUUAGUUUUCAAAACUAAGGUUCAGGGCUUUUUAACCUAUUUUUUUUCUUGCCUAAGUUUAUCAAAACAUAUACACAAAACCAAUUUGUGCCAUUUGUGAUUUUAACAUUUUAAUUUUGUUUUUUUGACAUCUUAGAACUCUCUGUAUGUCUGAUUUUCAAGUAUGUAUUAUAAUGUGUAAAAUACUAGUAUUUGUAUUAAAUUGAUUAUACAUAAUAAAAUAACAAAAGAAA